AUGGGGUUUAGUUUAACUAACUCUCUUAUUCAACUUUCAACUUUCAUUACUUUAAUUUUUAUUUCAAAUGUAUCAAGUCAAUUAGCUAUUCCAUUAGGACCUAAAUCAUCAUUACAAGAUACAUCGAAUCAUCAUCCAAACUACGUAGGAAUUGUAAAUUGGAAAACCUUAAAAAGUUUUGUAACCAAAACUGAAUCACGUUAUAAGAAAAAAUCAUAUAUAAAUUUAAUUGAAGAACAACUGGUACAUCCACGUAGAUGGAUUUCAAGUAAAAGUUUACCUAAAUCUAUCACCGAUCUUUCGUCGAAUUAUUUACAACAAUUUCCGGAUUCUAAUCCAAGUUCUUCUUCUUUAACUAAUGGAUUAGGACUUUUAAGAGUUUCAUCUGAACCUAAACCAAUUGUAACCCCACCACCAUCAUCAUCUGACGAAGAAAACCAAGGAAUGAGUUCGAUGGAUGUUAAGAAAGGUACAGCUUUUGCUAGAUUAGGUUUAGCUAGAGGUACGAAGUAUAUUCAUCAUCAACAUUCUGGAAGGUUUAAGAAGAUGAAGAAACCUACAAAAGGAUUAGACAGAACCGAACAAGUUGGUCAAGAUCAUCAAGAUAAUCAAGAUGGAAGUUCUAGAAACUUUUUGUUGAAUUCGAAUGCUAGACAAACUGAACCGAAUCCUAAUCCUAGUCAUGAUAAUGAUGUUCAUUCUACUAAAUUGUUUGAUAGUACUUCAGAUAAAGGUGAUAUUGAGUUUUAUGGUUCGAUUCAAAUCGGUACACCUCCUUUGAAUUUUAUGAUUGAUUUUGAUACGGGUUCAUCAGAUAUGUGGAUUAAAUCAUUAAUGUGUAAGAAGAAUUGUGGUAAAUCUUCAACAAACAAACAUAUGUAUUACAAUCCAAAAGUAUCAAGUACAUCAACCGAUAUGAAUCAAUCAUUUAAAAUUGCUUAUGGUGUAGGAGGUGUAAGUGGAACGAUGUAUCAAGAUAGUGUUACCGUUUCUGGUUUUUCAGUUAAGAAUCAAGCUUUUGCUUCUUGUGAUAUGCUUUCUGAAGAUUGGAUUAAUGAUCCUGCUGAUGGAGUUCUGGGAUUAGCUUUUGAAAGUAUUGCUACUAGUCAUGCUAAACCUUGGUUUUAUAAUGCAAUGUCUCAAAACCCUAGUUUAUCAUCACCAGAAAGUAAGAUGUUCUCAUUCGCAAUGGGAAGAUCUGCAUCAGGUUCAUAUGCACAAUCCGAAUUAUAUAUAGGAGGACAAAACCCCAGCAAGUUCAAAGGUUCAUUCCAAUACGCACCUUUAAUUUCACAAACCUAUUGGCAAAUCAAACUUGAAAAUCUAUACUGUAACAAUGGAAAGAAUCUUAAAACUAAAGUUCCUAUCACAUCUACUACGGCUAUUAUUGAUUCGGGUACGACUUAUAUUGCGGCUCCUUCUGAUCAAGCUAAAGCUUUUUGGGAUACUAUUCCUAAUUCUUCGACUAAGGCUGGGGAUGGGUUUUAUACUUUUCCUUGUGGCCAAUCUGUUAGGAUGACUUUUGAUUUUGGGAAUGGAUUGGAACUUUUGGUUAAUGAUCUGGAUAUGAAUUUGGGAAAGGUUUCUCCUGGAAGUAGUCGUUGUGUUGGAGCUGUCUUUAGUGGUGAAACAGGUGGUGAUUGGAUACUUGGGAUCUCUUUCAUGAAAAGUUAUUACACCACUUUUGACUUUGCAAACUCUAGAAUAGGUUUCGCAUUACCAAGUUAUCAUUAA